AUGUUGAAGUCCUUUGGCACUGAAGAUCGUCCCACGGACAGACCGAUCCCUCCUCGGGAUGACGUCUUUGAGUACAUUAUAUUCAGAGGAAGUGACAUCAAAGACCUGACGGUGUGCGAGCCUCCCAAACCCACCUGCAACCUUCCUCAGGAUCCCGCCAUCGUGCAGUCCUCUCUGGCAUCCACCGCCGGCCCCACGGCUCCUUCCUUCCAGUCGUAUGCCCCGUUCAGUCGGGCCCCGUACAGCCAGUUCAGCUCCAGCCCGCUGGUACCCCAGCCGUUCGGAGCGGCGGUCACGGGUGGAAGCAGCUCAGGUCCUGCGUUCGGUAGCGAGGCGAGCACUACUGCCCCUCUGUCCCAGAGCUCUGCUCUUCCCCCGCACUCUCGCUCGCUGAGUGCUACCAAACCCAAAGGUAACCCGAGAACCGAUGCUAACGUGUGA